AUGGACACUCCCCUGAGCACGCCUCCACGUACGCCCGAUACCAAAACUACAAUUCAAAUUACCGACAUUCGCUCUUCAACACACGAUAUCUCCCUGCUGGAAGAGCUCGAGGAAAGCCUCUCAGCAACCCCACCUAGAUUUCCAUCGUUACUUCUCUGGGACGAAAAGGGCUUGCAGCACUUUGAAGCCGUCACAUACUCUCCCGAAUACUACUUGACCAAUUGCGAGAUCGACCUUUUGAAACAACACAGCAAUAAAAUUGCCGAAGAGAUCGCCCCCGGCUCCAUCGUUUUGGAGCUGGGAAGUGGAUGUCUCCGAAAAAUCAAGAUCCUGCUCGACGCCUUGGAGGCCCAACGCAAACCCGUAUCCUACUAUGCUCUCGAUCUGAAUCGCUCCGAACUUGAAAGAACACUCAACGACAUCUCGCCGUCUUCGUUCCGAUACGUGAAAUGCCACGGUCUUCUCGGUACUUACGACGAUGGGCAGCGGUGGUUACAACAUAGACCCUUCGUCGGGCGUCCCAAAUGCAUACUUUCACUCGGCUCUACCAUUGGCAGCUCGCCACCUCCUGAGGCUGCCGAGUUCCUCCGUGGCUUUGCCAAAGCCGUCAAGAGCUCGACGGAGAGAACGAUGUUUGUUGUGGGUAUCGAUGGAUGCCAAGACACCGACAAGGUAUGGCUAGCAUACAAUGACUCAAAGGGCUGCAAUUCUCGCUUCAUCUCCAACCUCUUACUUCAUGCCAACAAGGUAUUGGGUUAUGAAGCCUUUGAUCCAAAAGACUGGAAAGUUGAAGGGGAUUGGAACGCACAGUGCGGAAGCCACGAUCAGUUCCUGAUUCCUCAACGGGAUCUAGUUGCUAGUGGCGUGGACUUGAAGAAGGGAGUGGGUCUGUACGUUGUCAGCAGCUACAAAUUCGACGAGGAAGAGCAGGAAAAACUAUGGGAGGAUGCUGGUCUGGAGCUUAGAAGCUGCUGGAGUACUGAGCCCCACAAGUAUACUCUCAACGUGCUGUCUGUGGAUGGUAGACCAUAG